ACAGGCGAUCAAAUUGCGCCGUAUAAAAAGCAAGUUCCACACACUUUGCGGCCAGAACGGCUUUCGAACGCGAAGGCAACUGAAGGGCUGAAACAAAAUUCUACAAAGCAAAAUUAACGUGUCUCUCAUUCGCCCCGUCUCGAACUAAGAAAACCGCGUCAACAUGCCGAAGCCAGUUGUCCAAGUCGGUGACGACCCCGACCCAAGCGAGUGGCUGUUCAUUUCGCUGGAGCAGAAGCGUAUCGAUCAGAGCAAGCCGUACGAUGCCAAGAAGGCGUGCUGGGUGCCCGACGAGAAGGAGGGCUUUGUCCUCGGUGAAAUCAAGGCCACCAAGGGUGAGCUGGUCACCGUUGGCAUUCCCGGAGGCGAGACCAAGGAUUUCAAGAAGGAUCUGGUCGGCCAGGUCAACCCGCCCAAAUACGAGAAAUGCGAGGAUAUGUCUAACUUGACCUAUCUUAACGAUGCCUCUGUCUUGCAUAACCUGCGCGAGCGUUAUCGUGCCAAGCUGAUCUACACCUACUCUGGCUUGUUCUGCGUUGUCAUCAAUCCUUACAAGCGUUGGCCGCUGUACACCAUGCGUGUCGCCAAGAUGUACCGUGGCAAGCGUCGUAAUGAGGUCCCGCCCCAUCUGUUCGCCGUUUCUGACGGUGCCUACGUCAACAUGUUGACCAACCACGAGAACCAGUCUAUGUUGAUUACCGGUGAGUCUGGUGCCGGAAAGACUGAGAACACCAAGAAGGUCAUUGCGUACUUCGCCACCAUUGGUGCCUCGAGCAAGAAGAGCGCUGAAGAGGAGAAGAAGAUCUCCCUGGAAGAUCAGGUCGUCCAGACCAAUCCCGUCCUGGAAGCCUACGGUAACGCCAAGACCGUCCGUAACGAUAACUCGUCUCGUUUCGGUAAAUUCAUCCGUAUCCACUUUACUGGCUCUGGUAAGCUGGGUGGUGCUGAUAUUGAAACUUACCUGCUGGAGAAGGCCCGUGUCAUCUCCCAGCAGACUCUGGAACGCUCCUACCACAUCUUCUACCAGAUGAUGUCCGGCUCGGUCAAGGGACUGAAAGAGAUCUGUUUCCUCUCCAACAACAUCCAUGACUACCAUAUCGUAUCGCAGGGAAAAACCACUAUUCCAAGCGUUGACGACGGAGAAGAAAUGCAGAUCACCGAUGAAGCCUUCAACAUCCUGGGCUUCACUCAGGAGGAGAAGGACAACAUCUACAGGAUUACCGCCGCUGUCAUGCACAUGGGUGGCAUGAAGUUCAAGCAAAAGGGUCGCGAAGAGCAGGCUGAAGCCGACGGCACUGAAGAGGGUGAUCGCGUCGCUAAGCUGCUGGGUUGCGUCACUGAGGAUCUGUACAAGAACCUGCUGAAGCCCCGCAUCAAGGUCGGUACCGAGUUCGUCACCAAGGGUCAGAACAAGGACCAGGUCACCAACGCCGUCGGUGCUCUCUGCAAGGGUAUCUUCGAUCGUCUGUUCAAGUGGCUGGUCAAGAAGUGUAACGAGACUCUGGACACCAAGCAGAAGCGCGCUCAGUUCAUUGGUGUGCUUGAUAUUGCUGGAUUCGAGAUCUUCGACUACAACGGCUUCGAGCAGCUUUGUAUCAACUUCACCAACGAAAAGCUGCAACAGUUCUUCAACCACCACAUGUUCGUUCUGGAGCAAGAAGAAUACCAGCGCGAGGGUAUUGAGUGGACCUUCAUCGAUUUCGGCAUGGAUCUCCAGCAGUGUAUUGAACUGAUUGAGAAGCCCAUGGGUAUCCUGUCCAUUCUUGAGGAAGAGUCUAUGUUCCCCAAGGCUACCGAUCAGACCUUUGCUGAGAAGCUGAUGAACAACCACUUGGGCAAGUCUGCUCCGUUCCAGAAGCCCAGGCCACCAAAGCCAGGUUGCCAGGCCGGCCACUUCGCCAUCGGUCACUACGCCGGUUGUGUGUCGUACAACAUCACCGGAUGGCUUGAGAAGAACAAGGAUCCCCUGAACGACACUGUCGUCGACCAGUUCAAGAAGGGAAAGAACGCGUUGAUCGUUGAGAUCUUCGCUGAUCACCCCGGACAGUCCGGUGGUGGCGACGCUGGCGGCAAGGGUGGACGUGGUAAGAAGGGUGCUGGUUUCGCCACUGUCUCCUCGUCCUACAAGGAGCAGCUGAACAACCUGAUGACCACUCUGAAGUCUACUCAGCCUCACUUCGUCCGUUGUAUCAUUCCCAACGAGUUGAAGCAGACCGGCCUUAUCGAUGCUCACUUGGUUAUGCACCAGCUGACCUGUAACGGUGUGCUUGAAGGUAUCCGUAUUUGCCGUAAGGGCUUCCCGAACAGGAUGAUGUACCCUGACUUCAAGCUGCGAUACAAAAUUCUGUGCCCACAAUUGAUUAAAGAACCCUGUAGCCCAGAAAAGGCAUGUCAGAUUAUAGUUGGACACCUUCAACUACCGGACGAGCAGUUCCGUAUGGGCAAGACCAAGGUCUUCUUCCGUGCCGGUGUCCUGGGUCAGAUGGAGGAGUUCCGUGACGAUCGUCUGUCCAAGAUCAUGACCUGGAUGCAGUCCUGGAUCCGUGGCUACCUGUCCCGCAGGUCUUUCAAGAAGAUGCAGGAGCAGCGCGUCUCCCUGGAGAUUGUCCAGCGUAACCUGCGCAAGUACAUGAAGCUGCGUACCUGGGCCUGGUGGAAGCUGUGGCAGAAGGUUAAGCCUCUGCUUAACGUUUCCCGCGUUGAGGACCAGAUCGCGAAACUGGAAGAGACCGCCAAGAAGGCUCAGGAUGACUUGGAGAAGGAAACCAAGCUCCGUCAGGAACUGGAGGCUCUGAACAGCAAGCUGCUGGCUGAGAAGACCGCUCUGUUGGAUUCUCUGUCCGGUGAGAAGGGUGCUCUCCAGGAUUUCCAGGAGAAGACCGCCAAGCUCCAGGCCCAGAAGGCCGACGUUGAGAACCAGCUGCGCGACACCCAGGAGCGCCUGACUCAGGAGGAAGAUGCCCGCAACCAGCUCUUCCAGCAGAAGAAGAAGUUGGAGCAGGAGAUCUCUGGCCAGAAGAAGGAUGCUGAGGAUCUGGAACUGCAGAUCCAGAAGAUCGAGCAGGACAAGGCCUCCAAGGAUCACCAGAUCCGCAACUUGAACGAUGAGAUCGCCCACCAGGACGAGCUGAUCAACAAGCUGAACAAGGAGAAGAAGAUGUCUGGUGAGGUCAACCAGAAGACCGCUGAGGAGCUCCAGGCUGCCGAAGAUAAGGUCAACCACCUGAACAAGGUUAAGGCCAAGCUGGAGCAGACUCUGGAUGAGCUGGAGGACUCUCUGGAGCGCGAGAAGAAGCUGCGCGGUGAUGUUGAGAAGGCUAAGCGCAAGGUUGAGGGUGACCUGAAGCUGACUCAGGAAGCCGUCGCUGAUCUGGAGCGCAACAAGAAGGAGCUUGAGCAGACCAUCAUGCGCAAGGACAAGGAAAUCUCUGCCUUGUCUGCUAAGCUGGAGGACGAACAGUCCCUGGUUGGCAAGCUGCAGAAGCAGAUCAAGGAACUGCAGGGCCGCAUUGAGGAGCUCGAGGAGGAAGUCGAGGCUGAGCGCCAGGCUCGUGCCAAGGCUGAGAAGCAGCGCGCCGAUCUGGCCCGCGAACUCGAGGAACUGGGUGAGCGUCUGGAGGAAGCCGGUGGUGCCACCUCGGCCCAGAUUGAGCUGAACAAGAAGCGUGAGGCUGAGCUCGCCAAGCUGCGUCGCGACUUGGAGGAGUCCAACAUCCAGCAUGAGGGAACUCUGGCUAACCUGCGCAAGAAGCACAACGAUGCCGUCGCCGAGAUGGCUGAGCAGGUCGACCAGCUGAACAAGCUGAAGACCAAAGCUGAAAAAGAGAGAGGCCAAUACUUCGCUGAACUGAACGACUCCCGUCUCAGUUUAGAUCAUCUGGCUAAUGAGAAGGCUUCCCAGGAGAAGAUCGCCAAGCAGCUGCAGCACACUCUGAACGAAGUUCAGGGCAAGCUGGACGAAACCAACCGCACUCUGAACGACUUCGACACGUCCAAGAAGAAGCUGUCCAUUGAGAACUCUGACCUGCUCCGCCAGUUGGAGGAUGCCGAGUCUCAGGUUUCGCAGCUCAGCAAGAUCAAGAUCUCGCUCACUCAGCAGCUCGAGGAUACCAAGCGUCUGGCCGAUGAGGAGUCUCGCGAACGCGCUACUCUGCUCGGCAAGUUCCGCAACCUGGAGCACGACCUCGACAGCCUGCGUGAACAGGUUGAGGAGGAGGCUGAGGGCAAGGGAGACAUCCAGCGCCAGCUCAGCAAGGCCAACGCCGAAGCCCAGCUGUGGCGUACCAAGUACGAGUCGGAGGGUGUUGCCCGCGCUGAGGAGCUUGAGGAAGCUAAGAGGAAGCUGCAGGCCCGCCUUGCCGAGGCUGAGGAGACCAUUGAGUCGCUCAACCAGAAGUGCAUUGCUCUGGAGAAGACCAAGCAGCGCCUGUCCACAGAAGUCGAGGAUCUGCAGCUCGAGGUCGACCGUGCCACCUCGAUCGCCAACUCUGCCGAGAAGAAGCAGAAGGCCUUCGACAAGAUCAUCGGAGAGUGGAAGCUCAAGGUCGACGAUCUGGCUGCCGAGCUGGACGCUUCCCAGAAGGAAUGCCGCAACUACUCGACCGAGCUGUUCCGUCUCAAGGGUGCCUACGAAGAGGGCCAGGAGCAGCUUGAGGCUGUCCGCCGUGAGAACAAGAACUUGGCUGAUGAGGUCAAGGAUCUGCUGGACCAGAUCGGUGAGGGUGGCCGCAACAUCCAUGAGAUUGAGAAGUCUCGCAAGCGCCUGGAGGCUGAGAAGGACGAGCUGCAGGCCGCCCUUGAGGAAGCCGAGGCUGCUCUGGAACAGGAGGAGAACAAGGUUCUGCGCGCUCAGCUUGAGCUGUCUCAGGUGCGCCAGGAAAUUGACCGCCGCAUCCAGGAGAAGGAAGAGGAAUUCGAGAACACCCGCAAGAACCACCAGCGUGCCCUGGACUCCAUGCAGGCCUCUCUCGAAGCCGAAGCCAAGGGUAAGGCUGAGGCCCUGCGCAUGAAGAAGAAGCUGGAGGCUGACAUCAACGAGCUUGAGAUUGCUCUGGAUCAUGCCAACAAGGCUAACGCUGAGGCCCAGAAGAACAUCAAGCGCUACCAGCAGCAGAUGAAGGAUGUCCAGAGCGCCCUGGAGGAAGAACAGCGUGCCCGUGACGAUGCCCGCGAACAGCUGGGUAUCUCUGAGCGUCGCGCCAACGCCCUGCAGAACGAACUGGAGGAGUCGCGUACUCUGCUGGAGCAGGCCGACCGUGGCCGUCGCCAGGCUGAACAGGAGCUGGGUGAUGCUCACGAGCAGCUGAACGACGUUUCUGCCCAGAACGCUUCGAUCGCCGCCGCCAAGAGGAAGCUGGAGUCUGAGCUGCAGACCCUGCACUCCGACCUGGAUGAGCUGCUGAACGAAGCCAAGAACUCCGAGGAGAAGGCCAAGAAGGCUAUGGUUGAUGCCGCCCGCCUGGCCGAUGAGCUCCGCGCUGAGCAGGACCACGCCCAGUCCCAGGAGAAGAUGCGCAAGGCCCUUGAGCAGCAGAUCAAGGAACUGCAGGUCCGUUUGGAUGACGCCGAGACCAACGCUCUGAAGGGAGGCAAGAAGGCCAUUCAGAAGCUGGAGCAGCGCGUCCGCGAGCUGGAAGCCGAGCUGGACAGCGAGCAGAGAAGACACACCGAUGCCCAGAAGAACCUCCGCAAGUCCGAGCGUCGCAUCAAGGAGUUGACCUUCCAGUCUGAGGAAGACCGCAAGAACCACGAACGCAUGCAGGACCUCGUCGACAAGCUGCAGCAGAAGAUCAAGACUUACAAGAGGCAGAUUGAGGAAGCCGAGGAGAUCGCCGCUCUGAAUCUGGCCAAGUUCCGCAAGGCCCAGCAGGAGCUGGAGGAGGCUGAGGAGCGUGCCGACAUUGCCGAGCAAACUGCCACCAAAUUCCGCACCAAGGGAGGACGUGCCGGUUCCGUGCAGCGCGGUGCCAGCCCAGCACCCCAGAGACAGUCGGCCAUGCCAUCUCUCGCCGCUCUUGGACUUCCCACAUUCGACGACCAUGCUUUCUAAAUUCUGAAACACCAACAAUUAAUUUAUAGAUAAAAACACACCUUUUUAUUUAUUUAAUUAAUUUAUUUACACAUUUUACAAUAAAAGCACCCACACGUGCUCUCGCUGACGUCAGAUUUUUCGGACCUACCCCCGGGCAGUGGUUCCAUGCGACACGGGUUCGCCACUCACACUAGUGCGUCUUCGAACAAAUAAAAAACAACAUCAACUGUAGCAUAAAAACAAAAAUUGAGAGAGAGACACAACCAACAUCAAACAACAACGAUCAACGCUCACACAUAGACAUUUUCAGCCCUGCUAAGUAGUAUUGUUUUUCCGUGCUGUGAGUUGACGGAACUGUGCACGUGUGUGCCACUAAUCGACGACGUCGCGUGAGACUGCACGUGCUGCGAAAAAAGAGAGAUUUAAAAAAAUCGCCUGUUGUAAGAAAGCAAAAGAAGAAAGCAACAUCCAUCAAAACAUAAUGAUAAUGAAGCAUUUUUAGUUAUCAUUUAUUAGUUUUUAUUUUUUUUUGUAUUAUUUUAUGUUAUACUUUCGCCCUGAAUCUUUUAUAAUUUUAUUAAUAAAAAAAUGUAUUUAUUUUUAUUAAUUAAAAUAACGAAAUAAGAUACUAUUCGAAACUGAAAACGGAAAAUGAUUUAGUUUUUACUGUGAAAUUACGCUUCGCAGACGAACAAUCCGAAUAAGGUAUUGAGCAGAUUGCUCUCGGUAAAGUCCUCCCCCGCGGUAGCCGAAACGUCACGCAGGGUCACGACGCGUGGUACGUUUAGUACAAAGCCAACAAAACGACCAUCUAGUUAAGGCAAAACGAAACAAACAGCAAAACAAUAAAGAGACACGUUCAAAUUAAGAUCCAACAUCAGCCCUGAAAUGCAAACAAGUUCGUCUAAACGUUCGACCGUUCCCCCGCCAAAAUGUGAUCCCGUCCGGCGUGUGGCCCUUGCGCGACGUGACUGCACCGUGGCCGAAGGUGGCCUUUCAUCGGGGGUAGCAGCUAACCCCAACACCAAGACCCCAGACAAAACACCAGACGCGCGAACCGUCAGGAAACUUUGAAAACGAAUCCAUUUUCACGACUUUAUACUUCCUACUAUCUACUGAGAGAGAACACUAGAAAAAAAAGAAAAACAAAACCUGAUUCGAAAUUGACUUUUACUACUACACACCACGCUGCAAGGCAGAAAGGAAAGGAAUUUUCUUGGAGAGAAAAUAAAAGCUAUUGUAAAUGUAUAUGUGUGAAAGAAGCUAAAGUCUAUAAAAUAAAACAAACUUUAUUUAAAAAAUCAAAA